AUGUGCCAUGGAUAUCGGAAUUUUCUUGCUGAAAUAGCGGAAAGUUGGUUAUCCCAUUGUUCCUGGUGUCCUACAGAAAAAAGAUGCUUCUCAAGACAAUUGGAAACAUUUAAAACGUUCUGUUCUAAUGAUACUGUUAACCAUGAGGACUAUGGCUUGAGCUUAGAGGGAAAUGCUGUAUGCUCCUGCAAUCGCGAAGAAAUAGAAGAGAAUUGCUAUCCUCCAGGAGUGACUUCGGGACCAGUAUGCUCUAGCCGUGGUUCCUGUGUUUGCGGCCAGUGUAUGUGUAACACUGUCCCCGAUCCUAAAGAACCGACUAAGACUGUGAUGGGAGAGUUCUGCGAGUAUGACAACUUUUCAUGUGAAGGUCCAAGAUGUAACGAAGGGCCAUAUUCAAUAAGUGCUCCAAAUGGUGUUGAAGAUGGCUCAGCAAGGGCAUUAGAAGUUGAAAUACCGGCUACGUAA